AUGCCGAAAUCAGUUUUGGAUGGAUGUGAAGUUCAUGUAGUGGACUGUAUUGAAGGAUAUUUAGCCAAUGGAAGCGAAGCGGUGCUGGAGGCUGUUAACACAGCUGGUUUCCACAAGACUCAGGGGGAAAAUAGUGCACCAACAAUCCAAGAUGUUCAAGCUCUUCAGGGCAUUGAAGAAAAGGGGUUUAGGAGUGCGGCACCUCAAAGAGGUGCUCUUAAACCCUCAUUUCAGAAGCAUGUUGGUGAGUUGGUUCGGAAUCAUAAUCCAGUGAUGUUGGUUGUAAUGGAGACUCGUGUUGGGGGCAAUAGGGCAAAGGAGAUUAUUGACAGAUUACCUUUUGAUGGUUCAGUGUAUACGGAUACCAUUGGAUAUUCCGGUGGGCUUUGGUUGCUGUGGGAUUCAGAUAGAGUGGAUGUCACGCCUUUGGCAAAUACCAAGCAAGAAAUUCAUGCUACAAUUAAGGUACAAAACUCUAAUUCUAGCUGGCUAUUUACUGUUGUGUAUGCUAGUCCUAGAUCUGCUGAAAAAUUUAUUUUGUGGAAUAACCUUAUUAAAACUGCUGAGCUGCGUGAUAUGCCGUGGGUUUUGGCGAGUGAUUUCAAUGAACCUCUUUCGGAUGAAGAUAAAUUCGGGGGAAGAGCACUGAGAACAAGCUUGGGGAAAAAAAGGCCUUUUAGACUUCAAACAUGUUGGUUGUCUGAGCCAUCCUUCCCAUCUAUUGUGAAUCAUGCUUGGAGAGACUCUCCCACCCUAGGGGAUGCAGUGAAUAGGUUUACUCAAGUAGCAAUAAGGUGGAAUGGUUCCCACUUUGGGAAUAUUUUUACAAGGAAAAAGAAUUUGUUGGCUAGGAUCAAUGGUAUUCAGCGGGCCUUAUCAGUGAAACCUUCUGUUUUCCUGGUUAAUUUGGAGAAUGAGCUUCUUAAGGAGUUAGACCGAGUGCUUAAUCAAGAAGAGGAGCUUUGGGAUUUAAAGUCCCGUGUUAACUGGAUGAUUCAAGGUGACUGA